CAGCUGUAGUGGGGGAAGGGGUCGCUGAAGUUGACGGAACCGCCAUCUUGAAAAGUGCCCUCUGAUGAUCUACCCUUUUCGCGCCUGUCAGAAUCACUUUUAAACGCUUUGUUUUCCUCACCACAGUCCCGUGUGAUCUCCGCGUUCGCUGUGUUUAAACCCGGGACUCAUGGCGAGAUAAGCCGCAUGCUGGAGAGUCGCCGUUUACCGUUGUCUGUUGGUGUGUGCUGUUAAACUGCUGUAUGUGUGCCAUUUGUCAGUCUGUCCCUCACAAUUGUCUGCCUGCCUGUUCAUCCGGCUAGCCUGGAAUGGGCCACAACUCCCAAAGAUUACAACACACCUCUUUUUAACCUGAGCUCCUCCGUCUGGACUCCCACAUACUCCGAGCCAAGAUGUUUUGGAAGUUUGACCUCCACACCACAUCCCAUAUUGACACGCUGCUAGAGAAGGAGGAUGUAACACUGACUGAGGUAAUGGAUGAGGAUGAUGUCCUGCAGGAGUGCAAGGCCCAGAACCACAAACUGGUUGACUUCCUGCUGAGACCGCAGUGUAUGGAGGACCUGGUUACCUACAUCACACAGGAACCAAAUACUGAUGUCGAAGAAAAAGUUAAAUACAAGUAUCCCAACAUAUCAUGUGAGCUGCUUACAUCAGAUGUGGGCCAAAUAAAUGACAGACUGGGAGAAGAUGAGAAACUGCUGAUGAAACUUUAUGGCUUCCUCCAGAAUGAGCCACCCCUCAACCCUCUCCUGGCCAGUUUCUUUUCCAAGGUGUUGUCCAUUCUUAUAGGACGCAAGCCUGAACAGAUAGUGGAUUUUUUACGAAAGCAGGAGGACUUUGUAGACUUGAUGAUCAAACACAUUGGGACAUCUGCCAUCAUGGACCUGCUGCUCCGAAUGCUCACCUGCAUUGAACCACAACAGCUCAGACAGGAUGUUCUUUCUUGGCUGAAUGAGGAGAAGGUGAUUCAGAGACUGGUGGACAUGGUACAGCCCUCUCAAGAUGAAGAUAGACACUCCAACGCCUCCCAGUCGCUGUGUGAGAUCAUCAGACUGAGCAGGGAUCAGAUGUUUCAGGUCCAGGGCUGUUCAGAGCCUGAUCCCCUUCUGGCCACACUUGAAAAGCAGGAGACGGUGGAGCAGCUGCUGUCGAAUAUCUUUGACAAGGAAAAGAACGAGUCUGCAAUUGUCAGUGUAAUCCAGAUCCUGCUGACACUGUUUGAGACGAGGAGACCAGCGUUUGAAGGCCAUAUGGAUUGCCCCCCUGGGAUGUCCCACCCGUCAUUUUCAGUCAACCAUAGCAUCCUAGAGGCUGUGAGACCCCGACUGAAAGAUUUUCACCAGCUGCUACUGGAACCCCCAAAGAAGAAUAUGAUGAAAACAACGUGGGGGGUGCUGGACCCUCCAGUUGGCAACACCAGACUCAAUGUGGUCAGACUGGUGGCCAGUCUGUUGCAGAGCAACACACACAGCAUCAACACAGAACUCAUUAACCUCAACACACUGGGAGUCAUUUUAGACAUGUAUUUCAAAUACAUCUGGAACAACUUCCUCCACAUUCAGGUGGAGAUCUGCACAGCCAUGAUUCUGGCUAUGCCCCCUGCCCCGACUGAAAUUCAAACGGACACAGAGCAAGAACAUGCAAGGGAGAGCAUCCUCAUCAAACAUCUUUUUCAAAAGUGCCAGUUUAUACAAAGAAUCAUUGAUGCGUGGAGUUCCAAUGAGAAAGAACAGGCAGAAGGUGGUCGACGACGAGGCUACAUGGGGCACCUCACCAGAAUAGCCAACUCUAUAGUUCAUAACUGUGACAAAGGCCCAAAUGGGCCACAGAUACAACAGCUCAGUUCAGAGCUCCCAGCAGAGGACAGGGACAAAUGGGAGUCUUUUAUUUCUGUGCAACUGGCUGACACAAACAAGAGAAACACUGUUGACCUGGUAAACACACACCACAUCCAUUCUUCCAGUGAUGAUGAGGUGGACUUUAAAGAUGGUGGCUUUCACCAGGACUCCUCCCUGCAACAAGCCUUUUCUGAUUAUCAGAUGCAACAAAUGACGUCCAAUUUUAUUGAGCAGUUCGGCUUCAAUGAUGAAGAGUUUGCUGAUCAGGACGAUGUUGUGGAUAUUCCCUUUGAUAGAAUAUCAGACAUCAAUUUUUCUCUGAAUACAAAUGAAAGUGCAAACAUAGCCUUGUUUGAGGCACGCUGUAAAGAGAAAAUCCAGCAGUUUGAAGAUGCUGGAUCCGAUGAGGAAGAUAUCUGGGAUGAAAAAGAUGUCACUUUCGCACCAGAGGCACAGAGACGCCCCAGGAGUUCAGGCAGCACAGACAGUGAAGAGAGCACAGAUUCAGAGGAGGAGGAUGGGAAGAGAGAUCCAUUUGAGGCUGCCAACCCCAGCACCGAUGACAGAAUGGAAGUUGACACAGGACCAGUGUGGACAGCCAACUUUGAUGACGUCCCCAUGGACACAGGUACAUCCACAGCUCCAGCCUCUAGCCCCAGCGACCCUGCUGCGUCCUCGCCUUUGUCCUCCCCCCCCUCCUCCUCCACAACAGAGGCCCUUCCUGAUGCAUCAUGGAGCACCUCGCCUUCAGCCAACUCUGAAACAGGAUGGGCAGAUUUCUCCAACUUCACACCUGUUAGCCCAAAAGACCCACUGAGGUGCAACUCUCCUGUUGCUAUGGAAACCAGCAUAGAAACAAUGGACCCACUGGGGGUCAAUGCACCCAUGCAGCCUGAAGCAGAGUGUGAUGGCUGGUUGGGAAACAAUGUGGCCUCUUCUUGUACCACCUCACCUAAAGACUGUGGGAAAUCCAAAGUGGAGGAAGAAACUGUGUGCUGUGAGCAGCGCAGCAUCACAGAGACGGUCAUCAAUGGCUCCAUGAAAGAAACAGUCAGCCUCACUGUUGAUGCCAAGACCGAGACUGCCGUCUUCAAGAGAGUGUUGAAAUCUUAUCGUGAUGAAGAGAAGAAUGCUUCUUCAGAGAAAUACUCCGUAGCGGAGUGUGUGGAGCAGGAGCGAACAGGCAUCAACAGCUCGGCCGCAGCCUGCUGUCCCAAAUCGGGCAGUGAGAAGUGUCGGUCCGCUGUGGAGCUUCCCAAUGGUCCUCUAGAAGAAAUGUCAGCCAUAGAAGAGGCCAAACUGGACCAGAGUGCCGUGUCCUCAGAGCCAGUGGUGAAUGGGCCGGCAUGAGGGUCGUCUAAUGCCAGACAAAGGCCAGCCUGUUCUGCCAUGCAGAGCCCUGCUCCUGGUUAGCCAGCAGAGGUCACUGCUCAGAGCUGUACCAAUCACAUGCCCCCCCCCCCCACCCCACCCCCCACCAGGACCAGCAAUACUCCCAUUGGCUCAUCACUGACAGUCAGACAGACAGGUGUACAGACACGGGAUGAACUGAAAAGCAAAAUGAGAUGUACUCAAAUGGAUACUAGUUUUUUUUUCCUGCAUCUGUUUAUAUACUAUUGUUCUUAUGAGGUGAUGUGCGACUGAUAUCUUGCCACUCAAAAUUAAAUAGUAAUGUUGCUAUAGUUAAAGAAAUGAUUGUAUGAAUAAAAUAUUUUAUAAAAAGAAAAAUGUAUACAGACACAUAAGAUGAAUUACCACAGAAGUGGGAAUAGCUGAUUGGUGACCCAGCCAACCACUAAGCUGUUGUUUACUAGCUGGAUCUGAUAUCCUCACUCUUAAACAGCAGCUCUGUCAAGAAUUCUCACCCUUCAUUGGUCUGUCUCUGAGCAAAGCUGCUCCUUCAAAUUGAAACACGUUUUAACGGAGAAGAGAAAAAAAAGAAAAGGUUUUAUUUUGUUGCAGGUAUUCUUUGUAAAUUUUCUCACCUGUAUUCUUCUGCAUUGACGAGCUUUUUUGGUAUAUAUAUUUUUUAUUUAUUAAGGAAGAAAAAUGAUGGUUAUGUUUUGUCACUUCAGAGCCAUACCAACAUACACUCUCCUCUUCUAGCGAGAUGUAUUGAUGCUAACUGGGUUCCUACCUCGCAGCUAGAAGGCUCAGCAGGAGAGAUGCAGUUUGUUAAUGUCAGCACAGCUUGACACUCAGAGUUGUAAAAGCAUUAUGAGCUUGUUGUUUCAGAACCACACUCGUCUCUCUGGCCCUGCACAACUUAUUUUUUUUAAUCCUGUGAUUUUUUUUUUUUUUUUUUUUUAAACCAAUGGCUUUACUUCGAGGAGCUUUCUUUUGUAUUAAGUUCACAUUUAGCUCGUUUUGUUUCAGGCUAAAUGUGUAUCUAGACACUGCAGAACUGUCAUUUUUAACCGGUGAUGGCAUUUUGGGGAAAUUUGUGGACAUAACAAAAUUCAGACGAGAACUUGAAAUAAUUAAGGCCAAUUCAUAGUUUUGAUAUCCGCUUAGGUCCGUGUGACGUAAAUGGUGUCGUCCACCUGUGUGUUUGCAUCACUACACCCAGGCGUCCAUGUGCAGUCCAGAAAUUUUGUAAUAAUUGAAUAUGGAAGACGAGGACCGUAUUUUUAGGCGUAAACAUGUAACCAGAAUAUGUGUGCAACUCUCUGCAGACACGCAAUGCAGAAAGUAUGUAGAGACCUGUGUUUAGGUUUAUGGGGGAGAAUUAAUUUCUGAAGGCAACUGUUAGAAAUUGUAGAUCUGAAAAAUAUUGUUUACUCUUCAUUCAUGUUCCGACUGUUCUGUUGGCAAAUCAGACUUGUCAAUGCGGAGCAAAGAAUUUGAGCCUGGCUCAUUGUUUACGUCACACAAACACUGUUUACUCAUUGGUUAAAAUGGAGAGUUUACACUCCGUAAAUACGCUGUGCAGUGUUUUGGUGUUAAUUCUAUUUUCCAACAACCAGUGAUACGCCCACCCUCGUGUCCUGCAGUGAUGGUUAGUUCUCAAAGUCAAAGAAAAUAAUCUUUGAGAGUGUUUGUCAGUCUGAAUGCACCAUUGUUCCACCGCGAUCUCCUAACAACACCUUCUUCAGGCAUUGGAUUUACUUUGAAAUUUAAAAAAAAAGAAAGUUUUGAACUUAAAAUACUUUGUCGUGUUUGGACAUGUUCUAGUUGCCUCUGUACAUUACAGCCUUUGGGGUUCCGUUUAGUCUCCUGUCCUCUCCUGAGAGAAGUGUCUGGCGUUUGAGAUGCUAGAUGCUCAACCUUUUUUUUCCCCCCCUCUUCAAAUUAUAAAUAAAUGACCAACUUUUGCACUGGGCCGUUUUUUAACCCUACUUGGUAAAAGGAACCAGAGCUGACUUUGAAAUCUGUUGCAGCAUCACUGCUGAACAUCUGUCCACACAAGCCUAUUAAAGGCCAGUCGCCAACA